AUGGCAGACUUAGAGAAAUUGCUCCUGGAGGCAGCUGGAAGGACAACUACGACUGUGAGGAACCGCCAUUCUUCUCCGCCAUCUAGAAGACGACGAAAAAGUUCACAUCCUGACGAUGGAAGUGACUUCAAAAAUGAUGACUCAGAUGAUGAUCGCGGUUAUUCAAAUAGAAAACCUUCUGGCUCACAAGUGCCUCUCAAGAAAAGGGGCCGAGUUAAAGCUCAAAUUUUAGGGAGCUUUGCCAAGACUGUAUCCUCUAUGGUCUCAAAAGCAAGGAAGUACUGGCUAAAAUCAAAGAAAGCAACAGCGCCACCGGCAGCGACAACUCCACCUCCUUCGUCGCUAGUCCAGCAUCGAGUGGGUACGCUUCUGAUGCGUAUUCUAAUCGGGUUUGUUGACUUCCUGUCCCAGUGA